AUUUUUUAACAUAAAAGUUGUAAAUGAUUAUGUGCUCAAUGUUUCCUUUUCAAUUCCAUCUUUUAUUUUUAUGCUUAGAAAGUCUUCUUAGGCUAUAUACGUUCAUCUAUAUUUCAUUACUGUUCUUUUAUAAUUCAGUAGAUAUACAUAAUAUUAAUCCAACACCGAUUGGAUGCAUUGUAAUUUUUUCAUGAUGUGGACAUAAAGUAAAACCUCUGAUUUUUAAAUGCUUUCAAUAUAACUGGCUACUAUUGUUACUUGUUUUUCUAGAGUUUUCCAGGUAAUAACUUAUUUGAAUAUCAGUGUAACUUAAUUCUGUAUUUCUUUUAGUAGUUCAGACUUCUCAUUGCUUUUCGUUAUUCCAUUAACUUUCAGGACUAUGUUGGAGGAGGGGGCAGAGGUAAUGGCACGAAUCCUCUUGUUCACGUUUAGGAGUAUAUCCCUUACAACUUAUGGGAUGUGUUCUGACAUAGAGCUCAGUAUUUAUCGAAGACAUAAGUGAUUACAAUUUUCUGGUGAAUCAAAUAUCUUCAGUCUUCACAGUUUUGGAAAGGAUACAUCAUUGUCCCCAUUUCACAGAAAUUUCAGGAAGGUUACAUAACAACACAAAAUCCUCGAACCAACUUAAGAAAAAUUUCUCCCUCAUUCCAAAAUGCUUUUCCAUUAUGUGAGUAGUGGCCAUUUGGACACUAGAGGAACGCUUGCCCCGGCACCGCCCGUAUAUUCCACUUGCAAACCUAGAAUAUUAACACAGCAAACAUCCCAGCGGGCACAGUCACCCAGGUAGUCAGGUGAGGCUGGCUUCCGGCGGUCGUCAACACCAGCCCGUGGCGGGGCGGGCUGUCACGCCACGACCUACACCAUUUCCAGGCUUUUCUGGGCGAGUGGCAAGGGCGGGAGUUUAGAACUUCUCCGGUGACGCCGGACUUUGGGGCCCUGUAGGCCCAAAGCGAGGGGAGAGCCCCGGUUCUCCGCAGCCCCGAGGUCCGCUCGUCUUCGGGGCUGGCCGGCCUCGGCUCCGGUCGCCUCCUGUCCGCCCCCUGCAGGCCAGCUGGUGGGACCGCCCAAGGCCCGGGUCGGGGACAGGGGCGCGCAGCCCAGAGAGCGCUGGCGGUUCCACCAACCCCGGGCCGGCCGGCCUCACCGCUGAGACGCGGUGCUGAUCCGGGCUCCCUCCCGCCAUGGCGCGCGUGCUGAUCGUGGGCGCCGGGCUGACAGGAAGCUUGUGCGCUGCGCUGCUGAGGAAGGAGACGUCCGGUCCCUUGCAGCUCGCAGUGUGGGACAAGGCUGGGGAUUCAGGUGGAAGAAUGAUUACCGUCAGCAGUCCUCAUAAUCCACAGUGCGCAGCUGACUUGGGUGCUCAGUACAUCACUUGCACUCCUCAUUAUGCCAAAAAACACCAGAGUUUUUACGAAGAACUGUUAGCUCAUGGCAUUUUAAAGCCACUGACCUCUCCUAUUGAAGGAAUGGUGAUGAAAGAAGGAGACUGUAACUUUAUGGCACCUCAAGGAAUUUCUUCAAUUAUUAAGCAUUACUUAAAAGAAUCAGCAGGUGCAGAAGUCUUCUUCAGACAUUGUGUGACCCAGAUCAACCUGAGAAAUGACAAGUGGGAAGUCUCCAAAGAAACAGGCUCCCCUGAACAGUUUGAUCUUAUUGUCCUCACGAUGCCAGUUCCUCAGAUUCUACAGCUUCAGGGUGACAUCAUGAACUCUGCCUAAUGGAGACUGAUACCUUCUGCCCAGAGAUGUUGUAAACAGUGAUUCUUCAAAACAAGUGCUUCAGCCUCCUAGGUUUACCCUGAAUUUUAGCUUUCUACCUACAUGUAUUUGUU